UCUCGUGGUCGUUGAAGGUUGUUGCUAGUGCGCGCUAAAGAAAAGCAAAAGAAAGAAAAUAAAAGCAAAAGGCAAAAAAUUGAGAAACAAAAAUUCAAAUUGAUUUUGAGCAACACUCAACAAUAAACACGCUGGAUUAAAGUGUUUUUUUUUGUUGAUCAAAGUUAAACAAAUACAAGUUCCCAAAAAAACGCAACGACAACUCAAGCAAAAAAAAGUGCGUGUCAAGUGAAAGAAAAGUUCAACAACAACCAAAUAAAAAAAAACAACACUUUUUUGUGUUGAACAACAAAUUCAAAUAGAACAUUCCUCGCAAAAGUUAAACGGCAACGACCGUGUAAAAAGCCGCCAAAAUUCUACUCAAGGAGCGUAAAGCGAUCAUUUCGAAAAUGAAAUCAUUGACGGCCGUUUGUCAAACAGCAGGUGGCGCUACCUCCAUGCCGGCCAUGAAUCCAAAUGGACGCAUUGCGCGUCAUCCGCCGCAUCGCGGCGAUGGCGAAAAUGCCGAAAUGAAAAUGUAUCUCUCCAAACUGAAAGAUCUGGUGCCGUUUAUGCCCAAAAAUCGCAAGCUCUCCAAACUCGAGAUCAUCCAACAUGUGAUCGAUUACAUCUGCGAUCUGCAAACCGAGCUCGAAACACAUCCCGAAAUCAAUAAUUUCGAUGCGGCCGCUGCCCUAAGUGGCGUCGCAGCCGCUGCAGCCGCCGGCAGCGUUGAUGAUGAGGACAGCGAAAUGGAUGAAUUGGAUGAGAUGGAAAUGAAUAUGGAUGGCGAUGUGCUCGCCAUGCGUUUGGCUGCCGAACAACAGGAGCAGCUGGCGAAAAUCUCUAGUCCCGCUGCAGCAGCGACGCGCUUGCCGUUGAUCGAUCGUCAGAGCCCCAACACAAUUCUGCCCGCCGCGCAGCAGCAUCGGCAGCAGCCACCAGCGCAGCACAAACAACAACAACAGCAGCAGCAGCAACAGCUCUCUCGCUUUCUCUCAUUGCAGCAAAACAGCGGCGAAAAGGACAGCAGGCAAUCGUAAAGCAGCUGAAGGAAUAUAAGAAGAAGAAACAGAAUUAGGAGGGGGCAAGAACUACAACUAAAACUAAAUACACACACACAUUUAAAAGAUACACACACACAUACAUAUGAAUAGUGUAGUACAGUCAACUCUCCACUCAAAUAACUCAAACUCGUGUGAAGAUCUCCGCAAUAAGAAAGCAAAAAUCAAUUAAAAUACUUACAACUUACAUGCAUACAUACAAUACAUAGGCAAGGUAGCCACGCCUCCACAGUGGGGCACAGUGGGUGCCAAAGCAUUUCACACCAAUACAUUGAAAGAGUUUAGUUCUAAAUAAAUAACAAGCAAACCUAACUAAGUAGAUAUAAAAAAAGAAAAACAUUGUAAGCACUUAACAUUAUUAUUAUUAACUUGUAACUUUAAACGUUUAACAAUUAACUAAUAGCAGCAGAUAACUACGAAGUUAAUGAAGAUGAAGAUGAAGAAGAAAAACAAAACUUGGCAAAGCUUUAAACAAUUUAAUUUUUCCUUUAAAUGAAAUGAAAAAAAAAUGGAAUUUUUUGUUUUCUAUAUGUUUAGUUUAUUUUUUCGGUUUAAACGAUGAAAAACAUUGUUAAUUUUACGUAAAUCGAAGAUGAAAGAAGAAAAUGCAAAGCAGAAAACAGCAAUAAAAAAAGAAGUAAAACAAAAUUCUAACAAUUUUUCAUUCUCAUUUUUUAUUUCAAUUACAAAUUUCCUAUUAAUUUUAAUAUAAUUAAAAAACUAAACUACUAAAAUAUGAAAGUCGCUUAAACAAAUUCUUCCUAUUAUGAUUAUUAUUAUUUAGCCAGCCAGCAAAUUGAACAACAAUUCAUUUAAUUUAUAAUAUACAUUCAUACACAUAUAUUAUUUAUGCUUAAUUUUCUCAUACCUCAAGGAACAAUUUGUUUAUCAUAUUAGUUGAGCGCAGGUUUUCACCUCAGCUCUCCCAUUCAACUUCCUCUUUUAAAAGUGAAAUCAACAUGAAAACUUGAAUAUAAUAAUAAUAAUAAUACAUAAUAUUAAUAAAUAUAUAAAUAUAUGUUCUGUGAUCUGUAGCAUACUUUGUACAAAGUGUUUUUAUAGCGUAAUUAUGCGUUUUACUUAUAUUUUAUGAUUUCGAAAAGAAGAAAAUUCUGUAAAAUCUUAAUUAUCAUUUGUUUUUUUUUUUGUGUUUCCUCCCCCUUUAUCAAUGAUGUAACAUAUUGAUUGAAAAGAAUGCAAAAAAAAUGAAAAACAUGAAAAAGAAAAAAGCAAAAGUAUAAAAACAACAACAACAAGAAAACAAAUUAAAUUUUAGCUCUUACAAAAUAAAAAUUACAUUAUAUGGAAAAAAUGAAAA